ACCUGUGUUUCCUCAAAACAAAGAUGACGGCCAACGGCGGUCAGAGUCGGGUAGUAACUUUGGAAACGGGUUUAAAAUCUUCUUCAUUAGUCAAACAGCGGAAUUAUUUUUAUCCUUAUGAUUGGGAGAUUCUUUAAGGAUUCCAGAAAUAUCUGCGGUCGGGUGGUUAUAAGGAGACCCGGCGGGAGGACCGGCGGAGCUUCAGACCGACACCGAGCCGCCGAUGGAAGCAGAGCUGCCGGCUGGAGGCUGCCGGAAGUUCCCGGUGUGGAUCAUCGAGCAUGUGUGGGCUCACAGGAUGAUGGACAUCCAAGAAGUGCUCGACCCCUGCAGCUGGCCAGAUGUGGACUCUCAGCCUCUGAGCCUGGAGGACUCGUGGAGGCUGCGAGUCGCUUCGGCCCGAGUUUAUUCCAUCGUGAAGAGUCGAGACGUGCAGCACUUUGAGACGGCGCUGAGGUUCCUGGAGGCUACGUUCAGACUUCUGCCCCGACUGGUGGCUGCCAUCAAACACAUGAAGAUCAUGUUCGGCCUCAAGACCAUGGUUAUUAUGUGGAUGCUGAAGCAGCGCAGAGGAAUGGUUGAAACUGUGUCUAAAAUCGUCCAGUUCUUCCCAACCAAGCUGCCCCAGUACCAGGACCAGUGUAGUCAACGUGAAAUGUUCCUCAUGAGGAAGAACCAUGAGGACUUUAAGGGUUUUGCACAAACACUGGCGAUGGACAAGAACAGACUGGAGGAUUAUAUGAAGGACCAGAUGGAGGAUCAGUACGGAGAACAUUACGCCCAGAAAGUAGAAGACCGACUGCUGCUUUAUCUGCAGCAGCUGGAGGCGGUUUUACCCGGAGACACUUACAUCGACACGAUACUGAAGAAACAAAGUCCUGUGACGGAGGAGGAGAAGCUGCUCCUGGAGGUGAUCAACUCCGACUCCUCGACCAUCGCCACGACUCUGAAGAAACUGCUGCACUGUGAUGUUGCCUCCUGCCGUCCGGCCACUCAGGCACUAGGAUGUGGGCAGAAAGGAGUGGAAACCUGUCAGAUAUCAGAGUCUGCUCGUUGUGGCAGCUCCCCGAAGGGUCAUCUAGAGUCAGGAGAAACCAAAACUCCCCAGCCAGACGUUGGACCAGAGGACAGCCCUCUUUUGUUGGAGAGUUCUUCAGACGCUGGAGGACAACCAGGAGAGGAUGCUGAGGUUGUCGAAAAAGCAGAAGGAGGAAGUAGUGACAAUAAAAACAGCAGUGGAAGCAGUGAAGGUGUUCAGAAAACUGCCUCCUCUUCCCCUCAGUUCUGCUGUAAACAUCAGCGCUGGGUGAAGAGCAUCCUGAAUCAAUGUCCGGACGAAUGCUCCGAAGAGCUGCAGCUUCAGGCCAACAUCUCCUCAUCUCCACUGCUGUUCCCGUCGUCCUCGUCCACCUCCUCAUCUCAAGAUCUAACCCCGUCCGACCUCGUCUCCUGUCCUCCUGAUCGACCUCCUUCACAGACAGCAACUCAGACAUCCGAACCAGCAAACCCCAGAGAGACGUCAAGCUCUGGAUCUACAACGUCUGAAACUGAGCCUAGAAACCCUCUGCUGCCUAAUCUGCUGUCGUUGGUAGUCCCACUGGUGGACAUCGCCUCCUUGAAAGGGAGCUGCGCCAUCUUUAAACCCCAUCCAACAUAUCCAGAUCGCUUUAUCAUCUGCAGACCGGCAGCUUCUGCUUCCAGUCCUCAGAUACCAACUCUUGUAGCACCUUCUGCACCUGAAGACGUUCCUGCCUCCACUGAUUAUCCACUAACUCGACAUACUUUCUCCAGAAUGUCACCAAAGUUUGGACAGGAAGCCACUAGACAUUUGCCGACUUUGACGAGGAAACCAGUCGAUUCCUCCUCCAGUCCUCCGAUAUCAACUCCUGUAGCACCUGCCGCAUCUCAGGACGUACCUACCUCCACCUACGAUCAACCAUCUCAUCAUAGUUUCUCCAGACUGUCACCAAAGUUUGGACAUGCUAACAGCACACAUUUGUCAGAUUUAACACGGAAACAGGAAGCUUCUGCUGCCAGUCCUCAGAUACCUGUAGCAGCUGCUGCACCCCAAGAUGAAUAUACCUCCAUCGGCUGUCCACCAACUCGACAUACUUUCUCCAGAUUGUCGCGAAAGUUCAGACAAGUAACCACCAGAUCUUCACCAGUUUUGACAAGGAAACGGGCAUCUUCUGCUUCUAGUCCUCCGUUACCAACUCCUGUAGCAUCUCCUGCAUCUGAGGACACUCCUGUUUCCACCGAUUAUCCCCCAACUCGACAUACUUUCUCCAAACUGUCCCGAAAGUUUGGACAGGCCACCACCAGACAUUCACAGGGUUUGAGAAAGAAACCGGUAGCUUCUGCUUCUGGUCCUCAAAAACUUCCAGCACCUCCUUCAUCUGAGGCUCUAUCCACAUCCAGUGAUUAUCCAUCAAUUGGACAUAGUUCCUCUAGACUGUCACCAAGGUUUGAACAAGCAACCAGCAAACAUUCGUCAGUUUUGACAAGGAAACGGGUACUAUCUGCUUCUAGUCCUCCAAUACCAACUCCUGUAGCAGCUUCUGCAUGUCAGGGUGUACGUACCUCCAACAACUAUCAACCAUCUCAACAUAGUUUCUCUCGCUUGUCACGAAGGUUUAGACAGGUUACAACCAGAUCUUCACCAAUUUUGACAAGGAAAUGGGUAGCUUCUGCUUCCAGUCCUCCAAUACCAGUUCCUCUAGCAUCUGAGGAUGUAGCUCCCUCCACUGAUUAUCCACCAAGUUUCACCAGACCGUCACCAAAGUUUGGAAGGACUAGCACCAGACAUUCGCCAGCUUUGAUGAGGAAAUGGGUAUCUUCGUAUUCGAGUUCUCUGAUACCUCUAGUAGCUCCUGCAUCUGAGGACGAAUCUGGUUCCACCGAUUCUCAACCAACUCGACAUACUUCCUCCAGACUGUCACCAAAGUUUGGACAGACCACCAUCCGACAUUCAGUUUUAGCCUUAGCAGAGCAGUCUCCAAAAGACUCCAGUGCCUUUCAAAUGACUUGUCCAUCCUUAUCCAGUCCUUCCACACAUUAUUCUUCUGGCUCUAUGUCUCAAUCAUGGAGUUUGUCCUCAGUCUGGACCGCUAACACUUCAUCUACCACAUCUUCUCAACAACCUCAGAGCUCCAUUGACUCUCAGACGUCUCGAUCAGAAACACCGUCCAACGGCAAACGCAGAGCCCAACCGAGGUUGUCGCUGCCAUGUCAGGCGGUGCUGCUGCAGUCGAAGCUGCUGCAGCCUUUCGUCCGUCUGACCAGGUUGAGCGUCAGCGAGUGCAAGCGAGCGAGCGACGGUAGAGCCUCAACUGGACAUGAAGAGUCCAUGGAACAAAGUAGCAAUGAGGACGUCGAAAGUAGUCAGAAGGAUGACGCUGAUUCUUCAUUUGACGUGAACUGGCUUUUCUCAAGCAGCAGCAGUGACGACUCAGUGGACAGCGACUCCGAGUACAGACCUCACAUCAGUAAGAAAAGACUUCUCUUAGAGUACGAGAAUGCCAGGACGCUGACCGGACAUUUUUAACGCAAUAAUCCUGACGCAGAUGCAUCAGAUUUGUGUUUUUAGAAAGGGUUUUUAUCAACUCUGAACUUAACUGCUAACAUGCACCCUGAUACCCUGAGGACUUAUAAGUGUAGCUCUAACAUAAGUUGUGUUUUAUAUGCAGUUUGUAGCAUCGCAGUAGAAUAAGUUCGUGGAAAUGGCGAAAUUUGAUUGUAACCAACUCCUUAAGACUGUUAGACUGUUUUUAUCUCAUAGAUGGAUAAAGUUUUGUUUGGUUCUUUUUCUUCUUCAAUGUUUCUUUGGUGGUGGUUGUGUUUCCAAGUUUCUCUCCUCUAUUUAUUAUUAUUAUUAUUCUUAUUAUUAUUAUUAUUAUUAUUAUUAUUGUUAUUAUUAGAGCUGCAAAGAUUAAUUGUAAACUAUUAAAUUAUUCGCCAACUAUUUUGAUAAUUGAUUCCAGUGAAAAAGUCCAAAUUUUCUGAUUGCAGCUUUUUAAACGUGAAUAUAUUCUGAUUUCUUUCCUCCUCUAUGACAGUAAACUGAAUGUUUUUGGAUAUUUUUGGACUUUGGGAAACCCUGAUCGGCAUUUUCACCUUUUUCUGACAUCUUACAGACCCAACAACUAAUCAAGAAAAUAAUUACGAGUUGUGGUCCAAGUUUACAGUGAGUUUCUUUGCCUUGAAACAGCAGUUUUUUAAAAUGAAUAUUAUCAAAGUGGUGGUGAUAAUUCACCAAAACAGCAAAGUUAUGAACAGUAAAAUCAAAAAUAAUAAGCUAGGAGAUGCUAAUAUGCUCUGACAGGAUGAUACAGUCAUUGUUUUGCUUUUGUUUCUAUGAAAAAAAAACUAGAAAAAUGCAGCUUUAAAGCAAAUUGUCUCCUACUAAUUAAUCAGGAAGAUAUUCAACAAACUCACCAACAGUCCGAUAACUACCAUCAGCUUUAACUUCCAGGUACAUCUGGCAGCUGACUUUAGUGAAAAAUCUCUCAAACGUCUGUUGCUGCAUCUAAAAAGCCAAAAUAAAAAGGCUAAAUGCAGCUUUUUAAGCAGGUUACUGUACUUUAUUGUACUGUUUUACAUGGUGCUGAUUAUUGUGAUGUAGCAGGUGUGUCGUGAUGUUCUAUUUUGCAAUAACUGAUGUUCUUAAAACAGGCUUGUGAUGUGUUUUUUGUUGCUUGGUUGAUGCAGAACUUGAGAACAGAACGUCGUGACACGAGAAUUUUAGAAUCUCUGAUACUCAACAAAAAAAUAAACUAUUGAAAUAAAUGUU